AUGGUGAAAUUUGGCCAAUAUUUGAAGCACAACAUUGUACCGGAAUGGAGAGACAAGUUUAUCAAUUACAAGGAAUUGAAGAAGAUUAUCAAGCAAAUCAAUGAGAAGAAACCCCAGGAAGUGGAGCUGAAAGAGAUUCAGUCCGAACCAGUGAAUGAUAUCAUUGAUGAAUACGGAAAAAAGCAAUUACGCAAGGUGGAGAACUCCACAAUGGUAGGAAUGAUUGAUUUACGCGGGAGAGCUAUUUCAAAUGUGGAUAAUAGCACAAACUAUACAUAUACCGCGUCUACAAGUACAAAGCCUGAGGAUUCUCUCGUAAUUCAUGCGGAUCGCUCGCUGGUUGCUUUUAUUAGUCAGUGGGACAUAAGUGAUGGAUCGAUUCCGUAUAAUUUAGUGAUGCCCAGAUAUUUGGAUGAAAAGGAGCUUGUCUUUUUUCGUAAGCUGCAUAGCGAAAUAGAAAUGGUGAACAAAUGGUACUUGGAGAAGAUUACGGAGUGCAAACAACGAGUAAAGGACUAUGAGGCUCAAGUACUUUUUGGAUUAACUCUCUCUCUAUCAAGUUCUCCUCAGUUCAACCAGCUGGAAUUCGGUCUGAAAGAACUCUAUCGAACCCUGGAUUACCUCCAUAACUACUGUACUCUUAACCGCACGGCGAUCGAUAAAAUCCUCAAGAAGCAUGACAAAACAAGCCGCUGCACCAGUCGGAAUACGAUCAACGACGCGGUCUCGAAGCUUCAGUUCUGCGAAGAGUCGGAUGUGUAUUGGAUCCGGCAGUUUACGGAGCGAUUAUGGAAAGAAUUGACGCAAGGAGAGAAAUCGAUUUCGCUGAACGAUCUGAAACGAACUCGUUCGCGUCUCUCCGCAAAAUUGGCAUUUCGAGUCGGUUUAUUUACCGGCUUUGCGAUCGUGCUCUUUCUUGGCCUGCUUCUAAUCGUCUUUCAAUAUCCAAUUCGAUCGUUAAACUCCGAUCAAAUCAACGCUCUCUGGAUCUUUAUUCGAAUCCAGGUCUUUUUUGCCACUCAGAUGUGGGCUUUGGAUCUGUACGUGUAUCACAUCUGCCGCAUCAAUUUCGAGUAUAUAUUUCGGGAGUAUUCUCCAAAUCUUCUUCACUUCCAACAACAAUUCUAUUUUGCAUCGCUCUUCACCUUCUGUUUAAUGCUCAUUCUCUUCGUGUGGUAUUGGAUCUCCUUCGUUUCUGAAAUCUUGCCGCUGAACUACGUUUGUGCUGUUCUUCCAAUCCUCACUUGUUUGCUCUUUCUCUUUGUACUUCCGUUACCCGGCUAUUCGCGAGCUCGAUGGUUCAUGUUGAAACACUGCGUUUCCAUCUUCGGAGUUCCCUUUUACGUGGUUCAGUUUACCGACUUCUUCCUGGGAGAUCAGCUGACAAGUCACAAUCAAACCAUGGUGGACCUUGUUCACGUCAUCUCCAUUUUGGUUUCCUCUUCGUUUCUGUCUUUUACGGAUGUCUACUUAUCGUUCUCUUCGUCUCUCCAGCAGUUUUUCCUCUUUUGGCCUUCAUUUCUCCCCACACUCGUUCGUUUCAUUCAAUGUCUUCGGCGUUUUUACGACACUCAUGAUGUGUAUCCUCACCUUUGGAACGGACUCAAGUACUUCCUCUCCCUGAUCGCAAUGAGCUUUUCGUGGAGCACACCGUGCUAUUAUGUGUUCCAAUCCAUCUACACGUGCUACGCGUUGUACUGGGAUCUGCGAGAAGAUUGGGGACUGCUGUGGAACUUUCAGCGAGGGAAGUACUUCCUUCUGCGGAAGGAGGUCGAGGGGAGAUCGAAGCAUUUGCUCCCUGAGCGGUAUUAUUAUCACAUGGCAAUCGUGUUUGAUGUGAUUUUGCGGUGGAUCUGGCUUCUUCGAUUGUCCUUAAAGGGGAUUGUGGGUGACAAUGUCCUAUUUCUCACUUUUGGGACGAUCGAAGUGGUCCGACGCGGUGUGUGGAAUAUCUUUCGAAUGGAAAACGAACAGCUGAACAACUGUGGUAAGUUCAGAGCAACUAUCGACGUUCCUUUUCCUUUUCCUGACUUGCAGUGUCAUGUUUGUUACAAACACGCUCUAAUUACGAUCGUUCAAAACUCCUGA